UCCAAAUUGAAUAUAUAACAAGUAUAAAUUCUCCUGCAUUAUAUUGGCUAACAUCCGAGCAAACUGCUGAUGGUUUAUAUCUUUUUCUAUUGUCAAACAAUAAGCAAAUAUACGCUGGAUCAUGGUUUCCAUGCCAGGACACCCCAUCUGUCAAAUUUAAAUACACUGCUAAGGUUUUAGAUACCUACGGACUUAAAAUAUCAAGCGUCACGGAACUUUAUACUGAAACAGAAUUCGUAUAUAAAAUUGGACAUCAUUGUAACAAGUUUGGCAGUAAAUUUACAAUUAAGUUACCAAUAUUUUAUACAGAUGGUAUAAAAAGAAUGGAUAAUGUAUAUAAAAUACAGAUUGAAUAUGAAACAAGUCCAAAUUCUCCUGCAUUGUAUUGGCUAAAACCUGAUCAAACUUCCGAUGGUACACAUCCUCUCUUAAUAUCCAACAGCAAGUUUACAUAUGCCAGAGCUAUAUUUCCCUGCCAGGACAUACAGUCACACAAAGUUUCAUUCGUUUUGGAGAUUUCUGUACCAAAACUGGGUUUCAACGUUAUCAUGGCUGGGCAUAAAAGAGAAGUAUUUGAUAAAGGAAACAAACUUACGUACAAAUUUACUUCAACGCCAAACAUACCAUAUGCGAUAUCUAUUAUAGUAGGUUCACUAGAAGAGAAAAAAAUACGACAUCAUAAUACAGUAUGCAACUUGUGGACUGAGAAGAAAUAUAUUCAGCAGAGUGAAAUGACUCUUAAUAUAAUUAUAGACACGAUGUUUUACGUCGAAGAAAAGCUGUAUGGUUUCGUGGGUCAACUUAAUGUAUGUGUGCUUCCACCAAAUAUCCCGGAGUUCGAUAUGCAAUGUCCUCUCAUGACACUUGUGUCGUCAAAUUUAUUUGGCGGCGGACAUUAUAUGAUCCAUACAAUUAUUCAAAACAUCGUUGAGAGCUGGAUUGGAAGAAUAGUCGUGAUUGCAAAUUUCCAACACUUGUGGUUGAUUAAAAGUUUAAGUACAUUCAUUUAUAGGGAUUUUAUAAAAUAUUUCAAUAUAGAAAUGCAAGAAUUUCUAGAAAAGAAAGGCAUGAACAAUCUAAUAAAUAUGGUAAAUUAUUAAAUUUGUUUAGAUAGAAUCAAAAAAAGAAAUACAUUCAUUGAUAAUAUUAUUUUUCACUUCGUACGUGCGC